GUCGGCCGCCGGGGCUCCGCCCUCGCGCUCCCGAACGGCUUCACAAAGGAUUUGCCGACGUUCGGGAAUUCCGCCUACAGUUCCUUUUAUAGCGCCACUCGUGCGCUGGCAGCUCUCCAGGAUCCCGCCCAUCCCGGUUACUUUGACAACACAAAGGACUUCACGGAACUCGCAAGCGCCGCCCCCCUUUCCAAAUAAGGACAGCCUCUCCAUGUACGGCAAACAAUCGGUGCGAGAUUGCCCUUUUCUCUUCCUUAUCCCGUUUAUAUGAUCGGAGAGGAACUGCGCUUCAGGUUGGAAGCGGUGCGAUCAUGGCCGAGCGAGUCCAGCAGCCCCCAGCCAAGCGGCUCUGCUGCAGGCCCGGCUACAACCCGGCGUGCAGGCAGGGGCAGCGGGCUGGAGGAGUCCUGUGUGGCGGCGCAGGGUCCGCUCCGGGAGGGUCGGGGAACGGAAAAACGCACAACCCCGAGUCGUUGCUCGACAUCGCGGCGCGCAGAGUCGCGGAGAAGUGGCCAUUCCAGAGGGUGGAGGAGCGGUUCGAGAGGAUCCCGGAACCCGUCCAGCGGAGGAUCGUAUACUGGUCAUUCCCGAGAAGCGAGAAGGAGAUCUGUAUGUACUCCUCUUUCAACGCCGGAGGAGAGGAAAGUGGAACUAGCGGGGACAAUAAUGACGAGACCCAGCUGCCUUUCCUACGGGGUGUCACUCUGCUGGAGGGUGGCUGGGUGGACAACGUAUUGCAAGUCGGUUUCCAUCUCAGCGGCACAGUGACGGACCCCGCCACACCCUCGACCCCGGAGCUCGUUUGCAGCGUCAGCGUCAGCUUCGACCGCUGCAAGAUCACGGCGGUAACUUGCACCUGCGGCAACAAAGACAUCUUCUACUGCGCCCAUGUAGUUGCGCUGUCGCUUUACAGAGUACGGAAGCCCGAGCAGGUCAAACUGCACCUGCCCAUCUCGGAAACCCUGUUCCAGAUGAGCAGAGACCAGCUGCAGAAGUUCGUCCAGUAUCUGAUUUCAGUACACCACACCGAAGUGUUGCCUACCGCGCAGAAACUAGCCGACGAGAUCCUGUCGCAGAACUCCGAGAUCAACCAGGUCCACGGGGCCCCGGACCCCACAGCAGGAGCCAGCGUGGACGAUGAGAACUGCUGGCAUCUGGAUGAGGAGCAGGUCCAGGAGCAGGUCAAGCUCUUCCUGUCGCAGGGAGGGUACCACGGCUCGGGAAAGCAACUCAACCUGCUCUUCAGCAAGGUGAGGGAGAUGCUGAAGAUGCGUGACUCCAAUGGAGCGAGGAUGUUAACACUGAUCACAGAACAGUUCAUGGCCGACCCUCGGCUGGCGCUGUGGAGACAGCAGGGCACCACCAUGACCGACAAGUAUAGACAGCUCUGGGACGAACUAGGUGCCCUGUGGAUGUGCAUCGUACUGAACCCCCACUGCAAAGCGGAGCAGAAGUCCUCAUGGCUGCGCCAGCUGCGCAGGUGGAACAGCGUGGACGUCUGCCCCUGGGAGGACGGUAACCACGGCAACGAGCUGCCCAACCUCACCCACUCACUGCCUCAGGGUGCCCAUGGCAACCAAGAGAUGCGCCCCCACAGGACUGUGUUCACACGGGCUAUUGAGGCCUGUGAUCUGCACUGGCAGGACCGACACCUCCAGCACAUUAUUGCCAGUGACCUCUAUGCCAACUACUGUUACCAUGACAACCAGGAGGGCUCCCUUUUUGACACGCGCGGCUGGCCCUUGUGGCACGAACACGUCCCAACGGCCUGUGCCAGGGUGGACGCCCUGCGCUCGCACGGGUACCCGAGAGAAGCCCUCCGACUGGCCAUCGCCGUAGUGAACACAUUACGGCGGCAGCAGCAGAGGCAACUGGAGCACUUCCGCCGACACAAGAAAGAGUUGCUCCAUAAAGGCCAUACCUCCAUCACCAACAUGGAGGGCUGGGUGGGACACCCCCUGGAUCCCGUCGGUACCCUGUUCAGCACCCUGACAGAGUCGGGACGAGGGGGAGAGGAGGGCUCCAACACCUGCUUAGACCUCUCAGACUGCUCAAGUGUCGUAAGCCGAGCAGAGCUCCAGCGAAUGCCCGUGCAGCGAUUGUUGGGGGACGGCGAAUCAUACGUGGCGCUGGCGGUGGAGACGGCUCUGAUGGGCUUGGGCCAGCAGCGGGUGAUGCCUGACGGGCUGUAUGCUCAAGAGAAGGUGUGUCGCAAUGAAGAGCAGCUAUUGGCCAAGCUGCAGGAAGUGGAGCUGGACGACUCACUGGUCAAAAUCUUCCGUAAACAGGCCGUCUUUCUGCUUGAGGCUGGUCCGUACUCUGGCCUUGGCGAGAUCGUCCACAGAGAGAGUGUUCCCAUGCACACCUUCGCUCGCUAUCUCUUCACCUCUCUCCUACCUCAUGACGCUGAACUGGCGUACAAAAUUGCACUGAGAGCCAUGCGGUUGCCGGUGUUGGAGUCGACGGCCUCGUCCGGUGACCUAUCGCGACCCCACCACAUCGUGUCAGUGGUGCCCAACCGCUACCCGCGCUGGUUCACCCUGAGCCACAUAGAGUCUCAGCAGUGUGAGCUGGCCUCCACCAUGCUCACUGCUGCCAAAGGUGACAGUCGCAGGCUGGAGACAGUCCUGGAGUCCAUCCAGAAAAACAUUCACUCCUCGUCUCACAUCUUCAAACUGGCACAAGAUGCUUUCAAGAUCGCCACUCUGAUGGACAGCCUGCCUGACAUCACGCUUCUCAAAGUCUCUCUGGAGCUGGGACUGCAGGUGAUGAGAAUAACCCUGUCCACGUUGAACUGGAGGAGGAGAGAGAUGGUGCGCUGGUUAGUCACAUGUGCCACUGAAGUGGGUGUGUACGCACUGGACAGCAUCAUGCAGAGCUGGUUCACCCUCUUCACCCCCACAGAAGCCACCAGUAUCGUGGCCACCACUGUCAUGUCCAACAGCACCAUCGUCCGCCUCCACCUGGACUGCCACCAGCAGGAGAACCUGGCUUCAUCCGCCCGCACCCUCGCCCUGCAAUGUGCCAUGAAGGACCCCCAGAACUGCGCCCUCUCUGCUCUUACACUCUGUGAAAAGGACCACAUUGCCUUCGAGACAGCCUACCAGAUUGUACUGGACGCGGCGGCGACGGGGAUGAGCUACACGCAGCUGUUCACUAUCGCGCGCUACAUGGAGCACCGCGGUUACCCGAUGCGGGCGUACAAGCUGGCGACGCUAGCCAUGGCUCACCUGAACCUCAGUUACAACCAGGACACGCACCCGGCCAUCAACGACGUGCUCUGGGCCUGCGCGCUCAGCCACUCGCUGGGGAAGAACGAGCUAGCCGCCGUCAUCCCCCUGGUGGUCAAGAGCGUGAAGUGCGCCACCGUACUUUCGGACAUUUUGCGGCGGUGCACGCUGACCACGCCGGGCAUGGUGUCGGCGCUGCACAGUCGCAGGAACUCUGGGAAGCUAAUGUCCCUGGACAAGGCGCCGCUCAGGCAGCUGCUGGACGCAACCAUCGGGGCAUACAUCAACACCACACACUCGCGGCUCACACACAUCAGCCCGCGCCACUACAGCGAGUUCAUAGAGUUCCUGGGCAAGGCCCGGGAGACAUUCAUGAUGGCUCACGACGGACACAUUCAGUUCACCCAGUUCAUAGACAACCUGAAACAGAUCUACAAGGGCAAAAAGAAACUAAUGAUGCUGGUGAGGGAGAGGUUUGGCUGAGGGUGAGGCUGGGGGGUCGCCGAAAGCCCCCCUCUUCACUCUAGUACUUUUCUAUUAACUUGAGUCUGCCUUUUGAACUUCUUUUGGACAUAUAAAUAGACAAGUAAAACGAGGGAUGUGACUUGUAGAAUGAAGCAAAAUGAGAAAGGAAAAGAUGACAAAAAAAUCAACAGAGCCACAAGCGGUAUUAUUGUUCUUGCUGUUGUUAUUGUUAUAAACAUUAUUACUAUUAUUAUUAUUAAUAAUAUUAUUACUACUAUGUGUACAGAAGUGUUUUUAUUUUUCAGAAGAGAGGAAAUUUGUCACGUUGUGAAUGUUGUGUGUAUUUCUCUACAUGUGUGCGAGAGGAAAAUGAAAAGUGAAAUGGCUUUUUAAAAAUGUUUGGUUCUUUUUAUUUUUUAUGAUUUAAAGCAUCUUUUUAUUUUUGUUCUCCCUUUUCCAGUGUAUAUUGAGUUAUAUGUUGUCAAGUGGCUGAAGCCCUUUUACAAUAGCGCUCAUGAAAAAACAUAAAAAAGAAGAAGAAGAAGAGUAAGAAGAGGAAGAGGAAGAAGAAGAAGAAGAAGAAGAAACAAAAAAACUACGUCUCGGCAUCCUCAAAGAGAAACUAAGGCUUUAAACCACACAGAGCACCUCCCUCUGUCCAGGCCCUCACCGGUGGGCGCGGGGCAGCACUGCACAGCUUAGCUCGGCUCAGCUCGGCACAGCUUGGGUUAGCACUGACAGAAAGCCGCCAUCAGCAUUUCUUUAGACACAGCAGUAGCAGCAGCAGCAGCAGCACUUGAGCAGCCAUUAGUUUUCUCUGGGUCCCAGGCACUAGCUCCAUUACACACAACAAUGCUCUUAGCAAACUUGUGUUGUUGUUAUUGUUGUUAUCCUCCCCACCUCCAGUACCUGUUUUAGACAGAGGGCAGUACGCAGGCGCGACAGCGAUGGCACGUUACACAAAGAUAAUGAGUCGUAUUGUUCCAUUCAUGAAACGUAGUACAGCUGUGAUUCUUAACUAAAGUAGAUACCCAGAGGGAGACGACUACCUCAUGACACGGUAUUGAACCUGCUCCCUUUUUUUUAUUUUAUUUUAUUUUUUUUCUCCUUUUCUUGCUAUCGUGAUAUGCACCAUCUACUGUAUGAUAGCUGACCGGUUUCAUGAAACAGAAGAGUCACUCGUGAGACCAAGGUCACGAGGACACGUCAGAUUCCCGCCAAGUGUUUGUGAGCUUGGCACUGCUGUACAUCACUGCCCCGGCAUCGGUACUUACAUCCCCCAAAAAUCUGCUCUAACAGACCUUGAAAAGUGUGUCAGUGUGUCAGUCCCCUCUCAUCUCCAACAGCCACCAUUGUACGGUAUUUUUCAGACCAGGCUAGUGUCAUUUCCCUCUGUGCAUGUGAAUCAUAGAAAUUAGACUCUCUACUGUUAAAGUUCAUUGUGUGGAACCUUCAGUAAUUGUCAACCAGAACGUUCUCAGGGAUUUCUCUACACAGGAAAAAGGCGGAACAAAUGAUCGACUGACUACAGGAAAAAAAAAGACAAAAACGUGACACGACAUGAGCGAGCAUUUAUUGUACUCUGUAUAUAUGCCAUAGUAUAUGUCUGAAUAUGGAGGAUCUGAAAGUAUAUGUUAACUAAUUUAUACAGAGUAUUCUAUGUAAUGUGAAAUACUUGAAGCCGCUGUAGUUUGCUCUCUCUCUCUCUCUCUCUCUCUCUCUCUCUCUCUCUCUCUCUCCUUCUCUCUUGUCUUUUCUUUUCUUUUUUUCUUUUUUUUUUGGUCUUUGGUUGAAAACAGAACAUAUCAGAAGGACUAGACUGACCUUGCUUUUUGGACUCACAAAGCCUCACGUGUUCAUACUUGAGACGCUGGAUCCCGUCAUGAAAUGCCGGUUGAGUCAGAUUGGUGACGGCGGAGAAAGACAUUGUUGUUCAUUCCUGCUGACUAAAGCAUAGAAAGAGGGUGGAGGUAGACUACUUCAGGCCGUUGGUCGAUACAUGUAUGAAAACACAAUACAGGACUUGAUUAUGCAUGUAAGCUGUUGCACUAGCCUAGUUUUCCAUAGGAUCCUAUGGGGAAAAACUGUAAUGUGCUUUAUACAGGACCUAAUUGGAGAUGAAUCUGGUUAAAAAUCAUGUAUCAUGUGUCCAGCCUUACAUGCAUUUAAGGCCAUCUCUUGGCUGACGUCUGUCUCAUGUUGCUUUAAUAUAACCCUUGUCACAGUUACUGGUGUAACUCAACAAGACUCAUAUUGAUAAUUAUGCACAGGUUCUAUCUAGCUAAGAUUAAAGAAACAAGUCUCCUCAGAUCUCCCUUUCAUUCACCGCAGCAUUUCCAGUGUCUCCUCUGCAAUGUUCAGCUGUCCUAUCAUUACUUGCCUUUUUUUUUUACCUUCUUUUUUAUGUCUAAUUUUUUCUCCUUUUUUUUUUUUUUUCUUUUCUUCUGUGCAUCUCUUUUCUAUCUUGUGUUCAUUAAAGAUAAAAGCAGCCUUUUCUCUUGCCUUGUCUUAACGCUUUAAAGUAACCAAACAGGAGAUCUAUCUAACAACCAAACGCGUUCUAAGAGGUGAGAGACGACCCACCUUGGUCCCAGCUUUAGUGUCCUUAAUUAGUAAGCGAAUGGCUGUGUAACUCAUGCUUUAACAAAGCAAUUCCUCACGUGUGUUUGGUGAAAAAAUACAUUGUCCAGUGUCUCUUGUUCUCUUCAGAAACAACUUCCUCUGAGUCUUUCUAGCUGUUUUUUUUUCUUCUUUUUUUUUUUUCCGUUUGUUUGUGUAGGAAUCUUUUGCUCUCCCAUUUUAUUUAUUACAAUGACCCAUGUAUACAUGCUUAUGAAAUUAAGAUUUGAUACACCGAUAUCAAUUUAUUUAUGU